AUUACAAUGGCUGCUUAUAAUUUUGGCGGAAGUGGAUGAACGAGCAAAGAGCAAACAGAGGAGCAGCAAUAGGCUCAGCAUCUGACCCAUAAAGAGUGUUAUUGAUUUAUUCUCAUUCAAUCACUUGGAGUGUCAGAGCUCAAUUCAAUAAAACACCGCAAACUACCAAAGAAACUCCCUCCAGAACAGCAAUCCAUCAUGUUCCACGCUGUUUAAACACCCACAGACUUUUUCUUGCCAAAAAGUUUGAAAAGUCCUUUUAGGCAUAAUUUGUACCAAUCACAAGUUGCAGGGGCACUGCUAGAGAUUUUGGGCCCCAUGACAGCAUCUCGUUUUAGACCCUCAACCCAGAACGAUCUAAUUAUGCUUGGAUAUUGUUAGAGCCCCUGUCAGUCAAGGGUCUUUGGAGUCAUCCUAACUUUCACUCCCUUUACGGCGUCCCUGGUGAGAUGCAGUGUCGCAAUCACCAGCCGGCUCACUCAUUAACACCUGGGUGAUUAGUCAAACAGGCUACAAUUGGAAACAAGAAAUCAGAAUUACUUUUAAAAUCAGAGCACAACAGGUUGCAUCAAAUGAUUAUCAGAUGAAGCUGUUCAUACAGUAAUGUCACUCCACAGUCAAUAGAUCUUCCACACCUUUGUUAGUCUACAUGUUGGCAAACUCACAGCAAUCCUGGGUCCUCGAAGAUGCUGGAUGGAUGGAUGGAGAGUAUUUGUUUUCAACAACUGGUACAUAGUAAAACAAACCAGUAACUCAAAUUAGAAGGGAAAAUCAGAUUUCCUGCCAUUAAUCACAAUAUACAUAUAGCAGAUUAAAAGCGCAUGACAUCCAAAAUAGGCAGAUAAUGUCUAGACGUUUUAGGCCAUUGACUUACAUUGCUGUUGAUCCUGCGUUUUCUGAAAAACUCUCUUAGUGUCGCUGUUGGCCACAGAUGGGAUUUAUAUUGAAUUCCCCACCCACUACAGUUAUAUUUAAGCAGACGCCCGUGUGUGUAUUUCAAACGGAGACAUGACUGUAUAACAAAGCUAGUUAAAAUUCCUCAUUAAAUAGAUUACAUUUUGUUUGUUUUCAUCGUUUUACAAACCGCCAUUGGAAUACAAAAUGGGCCAAAACGGAUUUAUGGUAACUACCUCCUUCAGUAUCUGCUUUUUCAUUCUGUUGACGCUACACACCAGCCGGGGAGACAUGAGCUAUUCUAUAGAGGAGGAGAUGAGACGUGGAUCUGUGAUCGGGAAUAUAGCCAAGGACCUUGGACUUGACGCUAAAAGUUUAUCCGAUCGAAAAGCUCGUUUGGAUACCGAUAAGACAAGCAGGCGCUUGUGUGACAUGAAUCUGAGCACCGGCGACUUGAUUGUGGCGGAGAGAAUAGACAGAGAGGAGAUUUGCGGCCCGAGAGUUUCGUGUGCUUUAAUAUACGAGCUGAUACUUGAGAAUCCUUUGGAAAUGCAUCGCAUUGUGAUACAAAUUCAGGAUAUAAACGACAAUUCACCAAGAUUUUCAAAUGACCGAAUUAAAUUGGAGAUACGAGAAUCAGCCAGUAAAGGUGCCAGAUUUCCAUUAGAUGAAGCCCACGAUUUAGACACCGGCGUGAAUGCGGUCCAAAGGUAUUUCUUGGACAAGAACGAUCAUUUUAAAUUGGCUGUUAAUACAAAUACAGACGGGGGUAAAUACGCUGAGUUGAUUUUGGACAAAGAGCUGGAUCGGGAAAUACAGCAGGAGGUUUCAUUAUUGUUAACCGCCAGUGACGGUGGGAGUCCGCAGAGAUCAGGUACAGCAGUCAUACACGUCACUGUGCUGGAUGCUAACGAUAAUAUACCCGUGUUUAGCCAAGCUGUGUAUAAAGUCAGUCUGCCUGAAAAUUCACCGUUAGAUUUUGUAGUGGUUACAGUUAGUGCUACGGAUGCAGACGAGGGACCGAACGGAGAAGUGACGUAUGAUUUCGGCCGUGUUUCGGAUAAAGUCAAAAAUGUUUUUUCUCUUGAGCAAAAGACAGGAGAAAUAAGAGUGAAAGGGCAGAUUGACUUUGAGGAGGAAUCAGUCUAUGAAAUGAGAAUACAAUCUAAAGAUGGCUUAGUACCGUCAAUUAAAAAUUAUUAUUCAUUGGUAACAACCAGCGAUCUGGAUCGUGAGGUAGUGACAGAUUACAAUAUAACAAUCACCGCCACCGACGAGGGAUCUCCGCCAUUGUCCUCAUCGAAGACAAUUCAGUUAUCGGUGUCAGACGUUAAUGACAACUCACCUGUGUUUGACAAGCAAUCCUACGGCGCUCAAGUGACUGAAAAUAACAAACCCGGAUCCUCUAUUUGCUCUGUUACGGCGAGAGACCCAGACUGGAGACAGAACGGCACAGUCUUCUAUUCCCUGUUACCCAGUGAGGUUAAUGGGGUUCCGGUGUCCUCGUUUUUAUCCAUUAACGGAGACACGGGGGUGAUCCAUGCUGUGAGAUCAUUUGAUUACGAGCAGUUCAGAAGCUUCAAAGCCCACGUUGUAGCCAGAGACAAUGGUUCGCCUCCCCUCAGCAGCAACGUUACUGUGAGCGUCCACAUAACAGACCAGAAUGAUAACUCCCCGCUGAUAUUAUACCCGGCUCCUGCAGGGAGCUCCAUCAUGACUGAGAUGGUCCCCAGAGCUGCUCCAGCGGGCUCCCUGGUUUCCAAGGUGAUCGCCGUGGAUGCUGACUCUGGCCAGAACGCGUGGCUGUCAUAUCAGAUCGUCAAAUCCACCGAUCCGGGACUUUUCAGUAUCGGACAAUAUAGCGGAGAGAUCAGGGCCCAGCGGGACAUUGUUGGUACUGACAGCAUGAAGCAGAACCUUGUUAUUUUGGUGAAGGACAACGGACUUCCGUCUCUUUCGGCGACUUGUACAGUAUAUUUAGUCAUUUCAGAUAACUUGUCUGACCUUCCAGAGGUUAAAAAUGCGUCUUAUGAGGAGCCUAGUUCAAAAUUUACGACGUAUUUGAUCAUCGCCCUUGUCUCCGUGUCCACCUUUUUCCUCACCUUCAUCAUUCUCGUUGUGGCCGUGAGGUUGUGUCACAGGAGGAAACCUCGGCUGCUGUUUGACGGCGCAGUCGCCAUUCCCAGUGCGUAUUUGCCGCCCAACUACGCAGAUAUGGAGGGAGCGGGAACUCUGCGCAGCUCUUAUAAUUAUGACACGUACUUGACAACGGGCUCGCGCACCAGUGACUUCAAGUUCGUCACCUCUUACAAUGAUACUCUGCCACCGGACCAGAUUGUGAGAAACGGUACCAGUGAUACAGGUGCAGAAGAUGUAGCUGUGCGGACGGACGUAGGACAAUCCUUACAGGUAAAAGUUCUAUUUCUAUGUAUAAAGUUUAAAUGAUGCUGUAAGAAACAGACAAUGAAAUCGUGAGAAUUUAAGGUCGCCGUUAGUUUUGCUAGGUCCCACUUCCUUCUGGAUUCUACCUGGUAUCGGUUUCGUUUUGUGGUAAUACUGUGCAUUUUGAGUACCCAAAUGAGUGAAUCCCAUUUGUAUAUCCUGUCAAACUUUUUUUUCAAAAGGUUACGCGUUUUCCCACCAAUGUUGUGAGUUUGUAACGUGGAUACUCACUUAAAACGUUUACGUGAUUUUUUAAAAAACACGCUCAUAACUGGAUGUUGUCUUUACGUCGUUGUGUGCUCGUCUCAGUCAUGAAAGUCACCAAUCUAAAUGUCCGCGAGGAAAUAUUACAUUCAUGUCUUUUUCAUCCCUGAAAUUCACAAUUGAAAUCAGUCACUGUAAACAUAAAUACUCUGUAUUUUCUGAUUAAAACCGAGACAAUGAUCUUCCUCCAAAGGAGCAUUUAUGGCAGAACAUGUGGAACUGCUGUUCUUUAAAUAUAAUCCUCAGAAAUAAUUAGAGUCCAUUAGCUUCGUUAGGCCUGAGCCUAGCCCUGAGUAUUUUGAGCCUAACCCUGACUUUUUUAAGCCUAACCCCGAUUGUUUUAGCCCCGAUGCCUAUCUUCCUUAAGAAAAAAAACAAACAAAAUGUCAAGCUCCAGAUAAACUUGCCUUAACCCCUGAUCUUUUCAAUAGCUCAAAACGCCCCUGAUGGAGGUACAAUACUGAUGCUGAGGGAACACACUGAACGAUGCUUGUCUUAAAAUUAAAUGUUAGCAAUGUUCAGAUAAUUCGAAGAGGAAGCAAAACUAAUUACAGGAUAAAUUACAAAAUGGUUGCG